AUAACCCAAAAGUUGUGGUGAAUGGUGAUUAUGGUGAAACACCCUCAAAAGAAAAAUUAGUACUACCGCAUGGGCCUUCGUUUUCCCUAGUACGAAUAAUAUUCAGCACUGAUACCAGACUCACUGCAGUUCAUCGAACGUUCAUCCCCCUCCUGCUAUCUCACCCUCACACUAUCAAUGGUUCGCAAACAAUUUUUCGACGCGAAGACGGGGCUUUCAAUGGCUAAACCGUUUAGUGCGGAGAAGUACUUGAAGAAGAUAGGGCUGGGAAAGGAAGACCACUACUUCUGGAAGCAAGUGGGAAAAGCUCUGCUAUGCACUUACACGCUGUUCGGGGUUGUGUGGCUGUACAACGAGACGUCUCCGUUGGGUUGGUGGACGCUGAAGCCGAAGCCCAAGGAGGAGAGAGAGCUGGCCCAUUUGUACGAGAAGCGCAGGUUUCCAUACCCGGGGGAUGAGGAGGCUAUGAAGGAGUUUGUUGAGAAGGGCGGCAUGAUUGGCACGACGAUAGGUCCUAAAGGGAUCAUUGAGUUUGAUAAAGACGCGGCCAAUUACCAGAAGGAGUUGCAAGACAAGAAGUUCGAGCAGGAGGCUCUGAAGCUGUGGAUGAGGAUGAGGAAUGAAGUCGUUUCGGAGCUACAAGAGAAAGGGUUUGAUGUUGAGUAAUAAUGGUUACAGGAAAAAAAGUUUUCAGUAGUUGAAGCAUCUAGUAUGAAUGUUGUGGCAUGUUUCCAAUUUUAUUUUGAACUUGAUAUAGUAUGGUAGUCUCUGUGGCUGAUCCAUUGCGUGGAGAGUUACUAUGGCUGCUUAUGGUUGAUGAUUAUCUUAUGCAGUAGGGUUUGUAUAUUUGUUGCCUAGUGGUUGGAAAUUGGUGAACGCUUUCUCAAAUAUAAAUGUAUUGAAUGAGUAUGAACUUCGAACCUUGCAUA